AUAGCCGAGUCCAGUAAACAAAAUAUUAGAAUCACAGCUACCGCGCGGUAGAGUUAGUAGCCGCCUGUUCUCGUUGCUGUGAUUCUUCCGUCCUACUAAACCCAUAAACCCUCCUCCCCCCAUCUUCACUAACAGUUAACGCUUCACACUUCAUUCAACCACUGUUUAUUAGUAUUAUAAUAAGAUAGGAUUAAAAACUGAAGGAUUAAACAUAUCACAUGAUCGUCGAGAUCUGUUUUGAUUGAAUUCAUCUCAGAUCCGAUAUGUCGAUCAGAUUCGCCCUAUGCUUAUCGCUCUUCAUCGCACUUCAUUCUAUUUCAGCUGCUUCUGCUGAUUCCAUCUAUGGCUGCGGCGGCUUCGUCGAGGCGAGCUCAUCGCUGGUGAAAUCGAGGAGGCAAAGUGAUUCCAAAUUGGAUUAUUCUCAUGUCACGGUUGAGCUUCAAACAGUGGAUGGACUGGUAAAGGAUAGAACACAGUGUGCUCCAAAUGGAUACUACUUUAUUCCAGUUUAUGACAAGGGUUCCUUUGUAAUUAAAAUUAAUGGACCUGAAGGAUGGGCAUGGGAUCCAGAGAAGGUUCCAGUGGUGGUUGACGAUAAAGGUUGUAAUGGCAAUGAAGAUAUCAAUUUUCAUUUCACAGGGUUUACUAUAUCUGGUAGAGUUGUUGGAGCUGUAGGUGGAGGAAGCUGUUCAGUUAAAAAUGGUGGUCCUUCAAAUGUAAAAGUUGAGCUAUUGUCCCCUGCUGGGGAUGUUGUCUCUGCUGUCUUAACUUCUCCAUCAGGGAAUUACUUGUUUAAAAAUAUAAUUCCAGGAAAAUAUGAACUACGAGCUUCAAGUCCUAAUAUGAAAGUUGAAGUUAAAGGUUCAACCCAGGUGGAGUUGGGCUUUGGAAAUGGUGUAGUUGAUGAUGUGUUCUUUGUCCCUGGGUAUAGUAUCAGUGGUUUUGUUGUUGCUCAGGGAAAUCCAAUAUUAGGGGUACAUGUUUUCCUAUAUUCAGAUGAUGUUUCUGAGGUAGAAUGUUUACAAGGUUCUCCAAAUGGUCCACGAGAAGGGGUAGCUCUCUGUCAUGCUAUGUCCGAUGCUGAUGGAAAGUUCACAUUCAAUUCUGUACCUUGUGGAAGUUAUGAACUCGUACCUUACUAUAAGGGUGAAAAUACAGUAUUUGAUGUUUCACCGUCCAGCGUCUCGGUUAAUGUUAAGCAUCAACAUGUAACGGUGCCUCAGAAAUUCCAGGUAACUGGGUUUUCUCUUGGAGGCCGUGUGGUUGAUGGAAAUGAAAUGGGAGUGGAGGGUGUUAAAAUUAUAGUGGAUGGUCAUGACAGGUCUAUUACGGAUAAUCAAGGAUAUUAUAAGCUUGAUCAGGUGACAUCCAAGCAUUAUAGCAUUGAAGCCAAAAAGGAGCAUUACAAAUUCAGGAAGUUGGAGAAUUAUAUGGUUUUGCCAAAUAUGGCUUCAAUAGAAGACAUUAAUGCCAUUUCAUAUGACCUUUGUGGCUCAGUUAGGUCAGUUAGUGGUGGUCCGAAAGCCAAGGUGGCUUUGACUCAUGGACCUGAGAAUGUGAAACCACAAAAGAAGCAAACAGAUGGAAAUGGAAGAUUCUGCUUUGAGGUUGUGCCUGGUGAAUAUCGGUUAUCAGCUAUUGCUGAGAAUGCUCCUGGGCUCAUGUUUAUGCCGUCAUAUAUUGAUGUUGUGGUCAAAAGUCCAUUGUUAAAUGUAGAAUUUUCACAGGCUCUGGUCAAUAUUCGCGGUGCUGUAUCCUGCAAGGAGAAAUGUGGUCCAUCUGUAUCUGUUACUCUUGUCAAGGUUGACAAACAUAAUGAAGAUAGAAAGACAAUUAAAUUGACCACCGAGAGUAGUGAAUUUCUGUUUUCAGAUGUUAUUCCUGGAAAGUAUAGACUUGAGGUCAAACAUAGUUCCCCUGAAGCAGUGACUUCAAAGGAUGAUUGGUGCUGGGAGCAGAGCUUCAUUGAUGUAAAUCUUGGAGCUGAGGACUUGGAAGGAAUUACAUUUGUUCAGAAAGGCUACUGGGUCAAUAUUAUCUCAACUCAUAAUGUUGAUGGUUACUUGACUCAACCCGAUGGGUCAAAUGUGAAUUUGAAGAUCAAGAAAGGUUCCCAGAAAAUAUGUGUAGAAUAUCCAGGAGUACAUGAAUUUAAAUAUGUAGACUCGUGUGUCUUCUUUGGGAGCUCAUCUGUGAAAAUUGAUACAUCUGUUCUGUCGCCUGUCCAUCUAAAAGGAGAGAAGUAUCUUCUUAAAGGACAAAUAAAUGUGCAGCCCAGCUCACUUGAUUCAUUACCCAAGAGCAUAGUUGUGGACAUUAAAAAUGGUGGAGCUGGUGGUGUUGAUUCUGCUACAGCCAAACUUAAAUCCCAUGAAAAAGAUCAAACAAAUACUGCUAUCUACGAGUACUCUUUUUGGGCCAAUCUUGGAGAAAAGCUUACCUUUAUUCCUCGGGACUCAAGGAAUGAUGGGGAGAAAAAACUUCUGUUUUACCCUAGAGAGCAUCAUAUAUCAGUGGCAGAUGAUAAUUGUCAAACUUAUAUUCCUACGUUUUCUUCUCGACCGGGAGUAUAUAUUGAAGGAUCAGUUUCUCCUCCUCUUUCUGGAGUCCAUAUCAAGCUUGUUGCAGCUGGAGAGAGUAGCAUUACUGCACUUAAAAGUGGUGAAAUAGUACUUGAAACAUCAACUGGGGCUGAUGGCACCUUUGUGGCAGGUCCUCUGUAUGAUGAUGUUGGUUACAAUGUUGAAGCCUCAAAGCCUGGCUAUCAUUUAAAACAAGUUGGACCUUAUUCCUUUAGUUGUCAGAAGCUUAGUCAAAUUUCAGUGCUUAUACAUCACAAGGAUGAUGUUAGAGAACCCAUUCCUUCUGUUCUGCUAUCUUUGAGUGGUGACAAUGGUUAUAGAAACAACUCGGUAUCUGGUGAUGGAGGGUCAUUCCUGUUUGAUAAUUUGUUUCCUGGAACAUUCUAUUUGCGUCCUGUUUUGAAGGAGUAUGCUUUCUCACCUUCAGCACAGGCAAUAGAGCUUGGAGGAGGGGAAUUUAAAGAAGUUGUUUUUCAGGCGACUCGUGUAGCAUACAGUGCUACUGGCUUCGUCACACUGUUGUCUGGCCAGCCCAAAGGAGGAGUGUCAGUUGAAGCUCGGGCAGAGUCAAAAGGUUAUUUCGAGGAAGCUGUGACAGAUUCUUCUGGGAAUUACCGUCUCAGAGGACUACUGCCUGAUACAGUCUAUGCUGUUAAAGUAGCUAAAAGGGAUGUUCUAGGCAGUUCAAACAUAGAGCGUGCUUCUCCUGAUUCUAUUCCUGUCAAGGUUGGAACUGAGGAUAUCAGGGGUUUAGAUUUCGUAGUUUUUGAGGAGCCAGAAAUUACAAUUGUUAGUUGCCAUGUUGAAGGAAAUGGUACUAAGGAACUGCAUAAACACCUGAUGGUAGAAAUUAAGUCAGCUAGUGACCCAAAUAAGAUAGAGUCUGUCUUCCCCCUACCAAUUUCUAACUACUUUCAAGUGAAGGGUUUAUCUAAAGGCAGACACCUUCUGCAACUCCGGUCUGGCCUCCCUUCGAGUUCCCUUAAAUUUGAAUCCGACAUCAUUGAGGUAGAUUUGGAGAAAGAUACUCAAAUCCAUGUAGGCCCACUGAGAUACAAGAUCGACGAUCAGAUGAAGCAGGAGCUGACGCCCGCACCAGUAUUCCCUCUUAUAGCUGGAUUAUUUUUCAUUGCACUAUUCCUCAGCAUUCCAAGAUUGAAGGAUCUGUAUCAAGCAACUGUAGAUAUACCCACACCAGGACUCGCUGCUACUUCAAGAAAGGACACAAGGAAGACAACGAUGCGGAAGAAGACAUAUUAGAUUCCCUUUCCUACUGCAGAUGGCAUGCAUGGUAGUUAUAACUGCACUUGGUAGAGUUAGUUUUUCUGCGUUCACGUUCUCUGGUAGGUUGAGAUGUCUGUUUUUAUUAUUCUGGAGAGGCAACAGGGAAAUAGAAGAAUGUAAUUAUUAAUUUUUUGUUACAUGGUAGUACGUUAUUUCUAACUUCUCGUUCAAGGAGCAAAUGCAUAUAGAAGCCAUAUGUAUUUGUUGCUUGGGAUUUUUUUUGCAGCAAGGCAAAGGUGUUAAGCUUCAA